AUGAGUUGGGAUGGUUUCAAGAAGGCUAUUAAUAGGGCCAGUAAUACUGUUAUAGUUAAAAAUGUUGACAAAACAGUUGAUAAGGAGUAUAAUAUGGAGGAACGUCGUUAUAAGGUUUUACAAAAGAGUGGUGAUACCUUGCAGAAGGAGUCCAAGGGUUAUUUGGAUUCUUUGAGAGCAGUUACUGCUUCUCAAGUUACUAUUGCUGAGGUAAUUUCUAAUUUGUAUGAUGAUUCUAAAUAUGUCAGUGGUGGUGGUUAUAAUGUUGGUAAUUACUACUUGCAAUGUGUUCAAGAUUUUGAUUCUGAAACUGUUAAGCAGUUAGAUGGUCCUUUUAGAGAAACUGUGUUGGAUCCAAUUGCUAAGUUUUCUACUUAUUUCAAAGAAAUUGAAGAAGCUAUCAAGAAAAGAGAUCAUAAAAAGCAAGAUUAUGAUGCUGCCAAGGCUAAAGUACGUAGACUAGUUGAUAAGCCUGCAAAGGAUGCCUCCAAGUUGCCAAGAGCUGAAAAGGAGUUAAAUAUUGCUAAAGAUAUUUUUGAUCACUUGAAUAAUCAAUUGAAAUAUGAAUUACCUCAAUUAAUUGCUCUGAGGGUGCCUUAUUAUGAUCCAAGUUUUGAAGCUUUAGUGAAAAUUCAAAUGAGAUUCUGUACUGAUGGUUACACUCGUCUGGCCCAAGUGCAACAAUACUUGGACCAACAGUCUAGAGAUGAUUACGCAAAUGGGUUGUUGGAUGACAAAAUCUCCGAUUUAUUACAUCAAAUGACAACUUUAGACAUCUGUGCCUUAGGUAUAAAAUAG